AUUUAAUAUUUUAUUUAAUUUAUUUAUCGAGAGUUAUAUUUUAUCAAUCACAUAUACGUAUUUAUUUACACAUCAGUAUUUUAGUGCACCGUGACGCUCCACGCCCCCGUUACUCUCUAAGGGUGUUUUAUCUUGAUUUAUCGAUUCACCGGAGUAUAAUUAUUUUAUUUGGCUGUCUAAACCCAUUCCAGUAUUGUCAUACCUUGCUUAAACAAUAUUUUAACUCAUAAGGUAUUUUAAAUCAUACCUGACCCUUGUCUGCGAACAGGGUGCAUUGCUCUCUUCGGGGUUGUUGGCAACCGGCCCGCGCAAGUGUUUCUGUACUAUGUGAAUAUCAAACAGGACGACACUUUGUGGAUAUUGUUAUUUUUAUUUUCAUUCUUUAUGUUUAUUCCUCGAGUUCAUUUACCUGGAAAAUAUUUAAUAUAUAUUUUAUUUUAUAAAACCCUCUGCUUAUUAAUCCAUCAGUUUUACUCACCACUCAGGUCUAUCGUUUUUAGCUAUUUAAUGUUAUUACUUCGUGUAAGUGUGUAAAUUGUGUGGGUGUGGUGCCGUUUUAUAAAAUUAUUUUUUUUUCUCAUACAUGCCGUUGUUACCUGAUGAGUACAUUAUCACCAGUAUUAAAUGGAUCAUUGCAAUCUAAUGUGAUAUAAGGAGUGGAGAGAGGUUAAGGACGAGCCCGUAGGGUCUUCGCGAUGGAAGCGGGACCAAGAACGGGCAUUUGUCCCAGUGGAGGACAAGCUGGUAAUGUUACCGCUGGACAAGCACAAUUUAUUCAGGCCCACGAUCCUGCCCUAGAAGCUGCUCCAGCUGAAGACGGCAUACUUUUUGCUAGGGUUAAUGUACCAGAGCUAAAUGUCACCAAGUGUCUUCAAUUCCCCAAAGAUCAGCUUGUUUGGGAUGUUAAGCAACAAUGUCUCGCGUCCCUGCCAAAGGAGGUGGCCACAUGGUACAGGGAAUUAAAGGAGAGCUUCAACUACGGUCUUUUUUGUCCUCCUGUAAAUGGAAAAGCUGGAAAAUUCUUGGAUGAAGAACGUCGCCUUGGAGAUUAUCCCUUCAAUGGACCAGUCGGCCACUUAGAGCUCAAAUACAAGCGGCGAGUUUACAAGACCUUGCAUCUGGAUGAAAAACAAUUAAAAGCCUUACACACACGGUCAAAUUACCGGAGAUUAAUUGAAUAUGUAACAAAUAGUCAAGUUGAGAAAAUUUCAAAAAUGUGUAACAAAGGAUUGGAUCCAAAUUUUCAUGACAUUGAAACUGGAGAAACACCUUUGACUCUGGCGACAAAUUUGAAAAAGCCAACUAAAGUUAUAAUCGCUCUAGUAAACGGUGGAGCACUGUUAGAUUACCGAACGAAAGAAGGUCUUACAGCGAUGCACCGUGCAGUUGAAAGAAACAACAAAGAAGCUGUAAAAACUCUUUUAGAACUCGGUGCUAGUCCAAAUUACAAAGAUACUAAAGGUCUCACACCACUUUAUUAUAGUGUUAUUUAUAAAGCCGACGAAAUGAUAUGUAACGCGUUACUUCAUGAUCACGCGACAAUCGGUGCCGAAGAUCUUCAGGGAUGGCAGGAAAUUCACCAUGCUUGCCGAAAUAAUCUUGUUCGACACCUGGAUCAUCUUCUGUACUACGGUGCAGAUAUGAACGCACGAAAUGCGUCAGGCAAUACACCGUUGCACGUGUGUGCCGUUAACAACACAGAUGCAUCUUGCAUUCGUACGUUGCUCUUCAGGGGUGCGCAGAAGGACAGUUUAAAUUAUGCGAAUCAAACCCCCUACCAAGUUGCGGUGAUUGCCGGUAACAUGGAACUUGCGGAAGUCAUCAAGACUUAUCAGGCUGAAGAUGUCGUGCCACUUAAAGAUCCACCAAGCUACAAUCCAAAGAGACGUUCAGUGGCUUUUGCCGGCAUGACGACAAGCUGUUCAGCAAGUAAUUUAGGGACCUUGACCAGGAUACCAUCUUCAACUGAAUCAUCUACAUGUGGUACACUAACACGUACCAUUUCAGUAGAUCAGUAUUCAUCCGGAACACUAAGUAGACUUCCUAUGAACGAGCACUAUAGCUCGAGUAUAACAUCAUCAUCUUCAUCGUCAUCUUCUAGUAGAAUUCCGUCCGGCAGCGAACAAUAUAUGAAUGAUUGUUUGAUGGCAAGAACACCGUCCGCAGAACAACAGUACUCGAGCGCAUCGAUGAGCAGAGUAUCGUCUGAAGAACAUCAGUAUUCUGGGAUAUCGCGUGCUGAGUCACACCACAGUAGUCUCAAUCGAGUGCCGUCCAUAGAACAACCACGUGGUGGUAAUAGUACCGGUGAAUGCGGAAAUCUCCAGAGAAUACCGUCCGAACAGCUACUAGUAAGCACAAUGGUCCGUCUGCCGCCACAAUCAUACUGUCAAAACCAACAGGGUCAUAAUAAUUUAAAUAGAAAUAAUAAUAAUAACAACACUAGUAAUAAUAUUAAUAAUCAUAAUAAUGAAUUGCAAAAUACUUUAAAUCGAUUACCGUCCGAAUAUCAAACUCCCAGUUUACGAGAUCCACAUGUGAGAUCACCAAAUGCGGAGCACUAUCAAAACUUAAGAAUAGAAGGCCUUACGAGACUACAUGAGCAUCAUCAUCACCGAUUUGGGUUACAACACCGGCUAGACAUUCAAGGACGCAUGAUGGAGAUGCCACCGUCACCCUCACCAAGUAGCCGAAGUUUCGCACCUUUCAGUUCAGCAAGUUCCAGCCUAUCUGAGGGCAGCAAUCAACCUUCCGGUGAAGAUUCGGCCAGCAUUGUAACAGACAAAAGUCUCGGGGACACAGCAUCGGACAUCAUUAGUGACAGCUCGGGUGUUGGUACAUCGCAGUCCGACACAACGAACUCGCUCUCUAUUCCCGGUACGACGGUGGUCUGCGUCGAGAGUUAUAACAGCGGUAUCGCCGGACACCUGACUAUCAACCAGGGCGACAUUCUCGAAGUCACUGGAGCGACAGAUUGUGGUCUACUGGAAGGCGUACUCCGAGGUCAAGGCACUGGACUAUUUCCCGCCCAUUGUGUUCAAGAAGUCAGGCUUCGGCACACCAAUAUACCUUUAGGACCUCAACAUAUGAGAGAAGGUCGUAAUCGUGUUAUUGGACGUAGGGAAGCACAGCAGAAAUAUUUCGCGACUGCUCCGAGGUUGAAGAAGCCGAUAUGUAUGUUUAGUGCUACUUCAGAGCCAAGAUCAGUUAUACUUCAUCGGUCAAAAAAAGGUUUUGGUUUUAUCCUUCGCGGAGCUAAAACAACACCAUCAACUUUAGUUGGUUUAGCUCCAGCAGCCCAAUACCUUGAUGAUGUUAGUCCGGGUGGAGUUGCCGACUUGGCUGGACUUAGAAAAGGAGACUUUCUUAUUCAGAUCAAUGGAGAAGAUGUAUCGACUGCUUCUCAUGAACACGUAGUAGAUCUAAUAAGAAAAUCCGGUGAAUUAGUACGAAUGACUGUAGUAUCACCAGUAAAUCUUCCAAACUCACAAUCAACUGCUACACUGCCGACUAGUCAACCAACUCAAAGGCAAUACGCGACAUUACCCCGUAAGGGUAGCAAUAAUGUACCCAUAAGUGGGACAUUGGGAAGAUCACCGGCACCGAUGCCACCUCGAAGAGAUCCCAAAACUACACUGAGUGUUGGUCGUGCACGAGCUCGAUCAAUGGUUGCUGGUUUAGAAGGUGGUGGAGAAAAGGACGACCGAGAUGAGAUUGGAUCAACAGGAGGUAAAUCUAGUAGCGCCGAGUCAAUUCAUUUGGCCCAGCAGUCAUCGACUAGCCCCAACACUGGACAAAAUACACCUGUUCAACCACGUACCGCUAGUAUUCGUUCUCGGCCUACUUCAAGCCGUAUAACCGCCGCAGAGCUUCAGGAACUGUUUCAACGACAGGGAAGCGAAUGUGGCCAAUAUGGCCAGACCAUGAUGAGUUCUCACUUUCAGGCUGGACCUGCUACCAAGUCACAUCCAUCGUCGCCUGCGAAAACUGGCAGAGUCUACGCGAGCGUCGCGGAAAUGAAACGCAAGGGAAAAUCAAAUUCACGGGUACGUUUCUUCGGUGGUCUGGGUGGUGGUUCAGAUUUGCAUCGAGACUUCCACAGUACGCCUGACCUGAACAUUCAAGGACAAUCGUCAGCUUUGGCGCCAAAAGGUCAUCGUAGUCAAGAGGACGUUAACGCACUGAGUAGAAAUGGUUUACCACCACCCAAUCAUCCACCUCCACCGCCGCCAGUUGGGCAAGUGAUCAAAGUAAAUGUCGGUGCCAAUGUACCGGACGUUGUGACUCCGGCCUCUGUUUAUGACAAUAUGGCUCAUAUUCAGCAAGUUAAAGAGUUGGCAGCGGCUUCUGAGAGUAAUUAUGGAAUAAUGUCAAGCUUCCGACCGGCGAACAAUGCAAAACUUUAUGCAUCUCCAGAAGAUACCAAGACUGUUGGUUAUCGAUCACAUAGUUUACCAGGGAAUCCAUCAAGAACGCAUUUAAGAAAGUCACAUAGUUUGCGUACGUCAAAUAACGGAGGAUUCAAUUCUCAAAAUGGACAGCAGAUUGCAAACGGUGUAAUUAAUUCAAAUAAUAAUGGCGCGUUGAAUGCCAGUGGUUGUAAUCAGUACGCUCAGCCGCUAAAAACAAAUCGCAGUCAUAGUAUAGCUAGUACACGUGAGGCUAAGAAAAAAACAAUUAGUACCAGUGCGUCGGCAUCCAAUUUGUCGGGUGUUGUGUCUGGUCCACCAAUUCCCGAGCCAGACUACAGUUUGUCAGAGUCUGAAAAUGAAGAUGAUGAGGAAGAAGAAUUUGAAGUUGGUGAAUCUGAAAUAGCUAAAGAGCUUGAAAAGGCAGCGGCACGUGAAAAAUUCGAAUCGACGCGUGAAACUUCCGGUAACUCAAAUGCUUCAGGUAGUAGUUCAUCUGGAAGUAGUUCAUUGCCACACUCAUUUAGUGUUGAGGAAAUACAAAAAGUUAGAACACAAUUAAAGUCAUCUAAAAGUCAUCCAAAUGAAUUUUUAUUGAGCCAACAAACACAACAGUUGGUUGAAGAUGGUGAUAACAGUUCAAGUGGUGUUAGUUCUGAUCAAGAUGUUCCAGUAGGACCACCCACUGGAUUUGACGAUACGACAAGAAAUGAUAGUAAUAAUCAAUCUAUUGUUAAUGCUGAGAAAGAAAAUAAUCAUAAGAGAAUGAAUUACAGCAGUGGUAUGCUUACAAGACACGCUGUAAGUCUUGCCCAAUUACCGCCGCCGAUAGAAGCCGAUGCUGAAGAACAAAAUAAUGAUUUAUUUGUACCACCACCUCCAGAAUUUAAUGCCGGUCCAUCUGCUGGGCAACCCGAUAAUAGUGAACUUGUUUUUGCGCCACCGCCACAAUUUUCCGAUAAUCGACAGCAGCAAACACAAAAUCGUGUAAAAAUAAUCGGAGCAAUACCUAAGGUCGUCGGGAACAAUCAAGUUAAACCACCUUCUGGACGUUUACAUAGUCAAUAAAUUUAUUUAAUUAUAUUAUACUAUAUUAUAUUUAUAUUAUUGAUUAUUGAUUACCACUCUGAUGAAAUAAAAUAUCGAGUUUUAUUAUGAAGCAAAAAUAUCUAGUUGAUGAGUGAAGAUAAAUUAUUAAAAAAAAAUUAAUAAGUAAGUAGCAAUAAUCAAUAUCCAACCUACGGAUAGAAAUAUAAAUAAAUUAAUCAAUGAAACUCUUGUUUAAUUUAAAUUUAGAGAAAUAAAUUGAUUACAUUCUGGCCUAAGAAAAACGAAACAAAUGACCAGAAAAUAAUAAUAAAUGAAAAAUUGGUAAUAUAAAAUAUAAAGUAACUGAAUUAUUUAAAUUGUGAUUAAGUCUAAUGUGUAAAUUAGAUUAUUAAUGUGCAGUUUGUUAUUCAUGUUUCUAUUCGAUUAACAGUGUAUGUUUAAUACUUUUUCAAGCAUCGAUAGAAAAAAAUCUUAUGCGCUCGGUAUAAAAAAAAGAAUUAUCUUAGAGCUAAGGAUUCACAGACAUCAUUUAUUAUCCCAAGUAGUUGGAUUCCGAAUUAAUAAAAUAAAUCACCAAAUUUCGCUUUGAUAUAUAUACAUAUAUGUCAACACAUUAUUAUAAUUUAUGUAAAUUUUUAAUAAGUUAAAAAUCUGUUUAUUAAAUGUAAUAGAAAAUUUUAUUGUUAGAUUGAAAUUAUUUCAUCGAACUUUAACGACAUGUGUCAUCAUCAAUCAUAAAUAUAUAUAUAUUAACAAUAAUAAAAUAAUUAAAUACUUGACGUGAAGUACUGAUUACAAGAAAGAUUGAUUGAUUACCGAUGAUUGAUACUGCUCAAAAGCCUAAUUAUAAAAACAGAAAAAAUUAAAAAUUAAUCACAGUCAUUAGAAGUUUUCUCUAGUUUUUAAUAACACUAAUUAUUAUGAGUAUUAUCGACGAUUAGUGGUGCGAUAAUGAAGCGAGUGAAAAAAGUUGAAAAACAAAAAAAUUACCAUCUGAUAAAUUAACUACACAAACAAAAAUGUAAUUGAUAUA